AUGGCGUCGAGGAACCAGUUCGAAGGGUUCGCACCGCCACGGUCGACGCUUCAACGGUACAUCUACAAUGCCUGCGACCCGGUAGCCAACCUCGAGCCCAAUCUGGCCUUGAACCUCGAGAUCGUCGACCUGAUAAACUCCAAGAAAGGCAAUGCGCCCCGGGAGGCUGCGAUGGCCAUUGUCCAACUUAUCAAUCACAGAAACCCAAAUGUCGCCAUGCUGGCUCUAUCAUUACUAGACAUUUGCGUCAAGAACUGUGGCUAUCCUUUCCAUUUGCAGAUCAGCACGAAGGAAUUCCUCAACGAACUCGUCCGCCGGUUCCCUGAACGGCCUCCUAUACGCCCAAGUCGUGUACAGGGCAGAAUCUUGGAGGCUAUUGAAGAAUGGCGACAGACAAUAUGUCAGACCUCGAGGUACAAGGAAGAUCUAGGCUUUAUCCGAGAUAUGCAUCGACUUUUGUUGUACAAAGGCUACAUGUUUCCAGAGAUACGCAGAGAAGACGCGGCAGUGUUAAAUCCGAGCGAUAAUCUCCAGUCUCCCGAGGAAAUGGAGGAGGAGGAUCGAGUGGCACAGUCUGCUAAGCUUCAAGAGUUGAUUCGGCGGGGCCGACCCCAAGAUCUUCAGGAAGCAAAUAGACUGAUGAAGGUGAUGGCUGGCUACGACACAAGGCAUAAAACAGAUUAUCGUGCAAAAGCAGCCGAAGAGGUCGCCAAAAUCCAACAUAAGGCCAAGAUUUUGGAAGAGAUGCUCCAGAACCAUAGGGAAGGCGAAAAGUUUGCAGAAGGAGACGUUUUUGAGGAACUGGCAUCAGCGCUUCAAAGUGCACAUCCGAAAAUCCAAAAGAUGUGCGAAGAAGAGUCUGACGACGCGGAAGCAGUAGCCAAGCUUCUCGAGAUCAACGACAGUAUUCAUCGAACAAUAGAGAGGUACAAACUAAUGAAAGCAGGCAACGUCGAGGCCGCCAACCAGAUCGCGAAGGGUACGUUGGGUACCACGACAGGAGUUGGCAAAAACGCCGCAAACGAGUUGUCCUUGAUCGAUUUCGACCCAGAACCGCCCUCUGCGCUGGCCGCCACAGAUGGCAAUGGCUCUCUCCUUGAUGCUGGCCCUGGUGCUUCGACAUCAGCUGCGCCGAAGACCGUAGAAGAUGACUUACUUGGUCUUUCCCUGGGAGACUCCGAUCCUGCGCCACUGGGUUCGAUCUUCCUGGGCCCGGGGGGAACAACCGGCGCACCUCCGAGCUCGAGCUUUUCAAACACCCUCAAUUUCCAACCAACUCAACCUCCAGCGCCUCAUUGGCAGACUGCGACUUCGCCAAAACCAAACUAUGAUGCAUUUGCAUCCCUUACCAGCACAUUGCCGGCCUCCAAGCCUGCAACUCCCAUACCAGCCGCGCAGCAGAUUCGACAGCCCAGUCAAGCACAUAACGACCCUUUUGCAGCUCUGGUAGGCUCUAGUUCUCGGCCAUCGACGCCACACCAGGCGCACACGCAGCCGGCACCACAGGCAUCCACAGCACCGAAACAAGCUUCCUCUCAGCUGACUGAAGACGAUUGGACGUUCGAAUCAUCAUUGCCAGGGACUAAGGUUGUGAAAGUACUGUCGUCGUCCAUUGAGAUCGAGUUUGAACCACGACGGCCAUCAGGACAGUCAGCCAUCCAAAUAACCGCUCGCUUCUCAAAUACCACUGAUCAACCAAUCAGUGGUGUACAGUUUUAUGUUGCUGUGGAGAAGAGCUACUCACUGGAGCUUAGGCCCCAGAGUGGGCGCGAGAUGCGACCUAAAUCACGGCACACCAUUCAGCAAGAAAUCAUUCUCAAUGGGGUGCCAGUUGGAAGAGGCAAUGCGGUCAAGAUGCGAUUCAAAGUGUCUUACGAACUCAAUGGGCAGCCGCGGGAAGAGCAGGGCAAUGUACCUUCGUUGGGAAUUAAUUAG